AUGCGCUUGGAUAUGUCCGAAGUAAGACAGCUACAUUUAAAUCCUAAAGCUUUCAGGAAGAUGCAUAAUCUAAGAUUCUUGGAAGUACAUGGCUGCUGGAAUGAUAACAAGGUACAUGGUUUCGAAGUCCUUAAAUCUGAUUUCUCUGAGCUACGGUACCUUCGCUGGGAUGGAUAUUCUGCCAAAUCAUUGCCACCAAAUUUUAAUCCAAAGAACCUUGUUGCACUCUACAUGCAUUCUAGUAACAAACAAAAUCUUGUUAAUUUGAAACACAUUGACCUCAGUUACUCUAAGCAUCUACGUAGUGUGCCUGAUCUCUCACUUAUCCCAAAUCUUGAGAGCUUGAUUCUGGAAGGUUGUACAAAUUUGCAUCUAAGUUUCUCGUCUAACCAUAAUGUCAAUAAGCUUGUUCUCCUGAAUCUACGAGAAUGCAAAAACUUGAAUAGGCUAUCAAUCGGAACUCAUUGGAAAUAUCUUCGAAAACUUAUUCUCUCUAAUUGCUCAAAUCUGAAAACAGUUUCAUAUAUCCCUCAUACAGUAGAAGAGUUAUAUGUAGAUGGAACUGCAAUAAAAGAAUUGCCGCCAUUAAAGGAUCUUUCCAAAUUAGAAAUAUUGAAUCUUAAGGAUUGUUCAAGGCUAGUGAGUCUGCCAGAGAGUACUUGUGAGUUGAAAUCUCUUCGACAAGUUAUUCUCUCCAAUUGUUCAAAUCUCAAAACAAUUCCAUAUAUCCCUUGUGCAGUAGAAGAGUUAUAUUUAGAUGGAACUGCAAUAAAAGAAUUGUCCUCAUUAGACCAUCUCUUCAGACUAGUAAAAUUGAGUCUUAAAAACUGUUUAAGGCUUGAGAGUCUCCCUGAAGUAUUUUUCCAUAUCUCCUCGUACAGUAAAAUGGUUGUAUUUAGAUGGAACUGCAAUAAAAGAAUUACCGUCAUUAGGGCACCUGUUCAGACUAGUAACAUUGGUCUUAAAAACUGUUCAAGGCUUGAGAGUCUCCCGGAGAGUAUUUGUGAGUUGAAAUCUCUUCAAUCUCUCUCUCUUUCGGAUUGUUCAAAACUUGAUAGAUUGCCUAACAGCUUGGGAGAUCUAAAAGCAUUGGAGACACUAGAAGUCGAUGGAAUUGCUAUAAGAGAAUUACCAUCAUCUAUAACUGUAAAGAGACGCUACUUCCUGCUACGGAGUAGCCCACCAAGGGCUUGUAUAUGUUACCCUGGAAGCAAAAUUCCAGAGUGGUUUAGCUUUAAAAGUACUGGAUUUGAGGUAAAGCUUCCAGCAGGUUGGCUCAAUGAUAACUUAGUUGGUUUCACUUUGUGCGCUGCUGCAUCUUUUCGAGACUAUCAAGAGCUUGGAACCUUCAAAGUUAGAUUCCGUUUGCUUGUAAACGAGGACAUCGUUUCCUCCGGCGAUUUGUUUCAUUAUAAUGGGCAUGAGGUUAUUGAAUCUGAUCAUGUAUACGUUGGAUAUGAUUAUGGUAUCAUGUCCACUGAAUUGCUUACACUCAGUUUGAAUAGUGAGGGCCACAUUGUGUUCUUUGUUGAGCAUGGAAGUGAGAAUAGCAUUGAUUUUAGCAAGGUGAAAAAGUGUGGAGUUAGAUUGUUGUACGCCAAAGAUAAUUAUAUGGGAGCAGACGCAAAAGUGGACAGAGACCAGAGAUUGAGACCUAUAGCUGGUGCCUGCAUUUGGAAAUAUAGAAGAGACCAAUGA